AUGUUCCUAGCAUUUCUCGGACCGACAUCUGGAUAUAGACAAGCAAAUAGCAGUCGCAGGCAGGAGUAUUUAACCAAAGUACCGGAAUGGAUUCCUUUCUCUUCAAGGCUUGCAUAUCGGUACCAUGAAGCUGUGCGCAUGAACAGAGGUAUGAACACUAAAGAUGCAACAGGACUUUCAGCAGGUGAAAGACUAGCAAAAGGCGUUGAAGGUUGCAACUUCCUUGUAGUCAAAAGUUGUGUAGAACUUGAUGGAGAAUAUUUGAAUCUCCUCCAAGAUCUCUACCGGAAACCGGUUAUUCCGAUUUGUUUACUACCGCCUCCUGGGAAUGGGAGCAACUCUGGUGAUUCAGGCAACAGUUCUGACUCUGCAAUGUUCCAUUGGCUGGACAAGCAACAACCAAAAACUGCUGUUUACUUGUCAUUCGAUGGAUCAAAUCUACUGCCUUUUGGAUUUGAGAAAAGAAUUAGAGGCAGAGGGAAUAAUGCAAGGUUCUUAGUUGAGAAAGGACUUGGUUUCGAAGUUGAAAGGAAUGAAGAUGGUUCGUUUACCAGAGCAGCAGUGGCAAAGUCAAUGAGGAUCUUGAUGGUAGAGCCAGAGGGGCAACAACUGCGACAGAAAGCAGCUGAGAUGAGUAAAAGCAUUUUCUCAAACCAAGAUCUUCAAGGGCGUUACAUGCACAAAUUCAUUUCUUCAUUAGGUUUUACGAGUGAUUAUGGUGAUGCUAGUGUAGCAAGAGGCUAUGUCAACCAAAAUUUCCAAGUAUUGUAA